AAAAAAAUAUUCCACUGGCAGGCAAUAGAUGGAAGCUCUGGUUAACAGAGUGCCCACUUUGGCUGUAUAUUACCUGUUCCUGACUAUUGGUGGAAGAACACUACUAAAUCACCUUCAGACACUGAGACGACUUUCGGAAGAACCAGAAGGAAAUUUUCUCUGCAUCCUGGAGCUCAAGCAUAAUGAAACCUAAAUGCUCUUUUUUUUCUGGGUAUUAUGUGGGCUUUCUUCUCCUACAAGUGAUCACAUCAGCAUCAGAAAAGUGGACCGUUAUCACUCCCACAGGACACUUGGUGGCUACAGUAGGAGGGCAGGCUGAGCUUAGCUGCCAGUUGUCCCCACCACGAAGUGCAAAACACAUGGAGGUGUCCUGGUUCAAGGGUAAUCAUUCCAAGCUUGUUCACCUAUACAGAGAUGGCCGUGAAGUGACUGGGAAUGUUACCCCAGAAUAUAUGGAUCGCAUAGAGUUUGUGAAAGAGGCCAUUGGGGAUGGCAAAGUGACUCUCAGACUUCAUAAUGUCAGCAUUUCUGAUAAUGGACCAUACCAGUGUUCGUUUAAGGACAGUGACUUCAGGGAUGUGGCCAGCAUGAACCUGAGUGUAGCAGCAUUAGGCUUGGAGACACAGAUCUAUAUUGAGGAACUUAGUACUGGUGGACUUAUGGUGGAGUGUAACUCAGGAGGUUGGUUCCCACAGCCCCAGAUGGAGUGGAGAGACAACAAGGGAGAGGUAGUUCCAUAUUCAUCAAAAUCCUAUUCACUGGAUGGAGCCGGAUUAUUCUAUAUGAAGAUGAUUCUUUUCCUCAGAAGUGCAUCACAAAGCAAUGUGAUUUGCUACAUUCACAACCCUCUGUCAGGUGAAGGGAAGCAAAUAAAUAUCUCUUUAGCUGAUACCCUGUUUUAUCCAGUCCACAUCUUGCUGAUUGUUUUAAUUUCAAUUUUAUGUGUGAUAUUCAGUUUGAUUGCUGUGCUCCUAGGCUUUCAAUGUUUCAAAAUAACAGCGUCCCGAUGUAACGUCAUUCAUUUGUUGAGCACAAGUGUUGCUCAAAUGCUAUGUUUUGGAGUCUUUUGUAUAGUACCCUCUAUGUAUAUGGUAUUCCGGAAAAGAGUCUCUCUUCCAGAUCCUGUGUUUUCCGUCUACAACGACUUGAUAUGGGAUAUUAUAAUAAUAAUAUUUUCCAUGAUGAUAUAUUAUAGUAUAUUUAUCUCUGGUUUGUAUGUGACAAUGAGAGGAUAUAAGAAAAAGAUUCGGCAGAUAUGCAAACAGCAAAAUGUAGACAUGGAAAACACUACACAAGAAAUGAUCCAUCCUGACCAGCAUGGCUCAGUUGGUUGAAUGUUGUCCUGCAA